GGUCCCCGGGGAGCGGGCUCCGGCGUUCGCUCCCAUUGGCCGCCGCCGCGUCAGCUGGUGCGAUUUGCUGCUGUCGCUUUUGGCGUUCGGCCAUCCAGAAACAAACCAGUUCGAUGACUACUAAUAGUUAUAGCCAGAUGUACUAAUACACAACAAAUCACAGUCCUGCAGAGGGGCGCGCAAAUGAGUUCCUAUUUUGUGAAUCCCACUUUCCCCGGGAGCCUUCCCAGCGGCCAGGACUCCUUCUUGGGCCAGCUGCCCCUCUACCAGGCUGGCUAUGACGCGCUGAGGCCCUUCCCGGCCUCGUACGGGGCGUCGAGUCUCCCGGACAAGACGUACACCUCACCUUGUUUCUACCAACAGUCCAACUCGGUCCUGGCCUGCAACCGGGCGUCCUACGAGUACGGGGCCUCGUGUUUCUAUUCUGAUAAGGACCUCAGUGGCGCCUCGCCCUCGGGCAGUGGCAAGCAGAGGGGCCCCGGGGACUACCUGCACUUUUCUCCCGAGCAGCAGUACAAACCCGACAGCAGCAGCGGGCAGGGCAAAGCACUCCAUGACGAAGGCGCCGACCGGAAGUACACGAGCCCGGUUUACCCUUGGAUGCAGCGGAUGAACUCCUGCGCGGGUGCUGUGUAUGGGAGCCAUGGGCGCCGAGGCCGCCAGACCUACACGCGCUACCAGACACUGGAGCUGGAGAAGGAGUUCCACUUCAACCGCUACCUGACACGGCGCCGCCGCAUCGAGAUCGCCAACGCGCUCUGCCUCACCGAGCGCCAGAUCAAGAUCUGGUUCCAGAACCGCCGCAUGAAGUGGAAAAAGGAAAACAAGCUCAUCAAUUCCACGCAGCCCAGCGGGGAGGACUCAGAGGCAAAAGCGGGCGAGUAG